AUUUUCUGAUACUCUGACUUUCCAUUUCUCUCACUCAAUCUUGACCGGAAGUGUGCUAUUCGAGAGGUGAUGCGACGCCCUCAUUCGGCCAAUUCAAGGAUGCGUCUGGUGGGUACCUGCAGGUGUCACAACAGAAAAGCUAUGUCCGGCGAAGUACUGUCACUAGGAAGUUGCAGCUACUACAAUUCAGCCAAACGUGAGGCCGCUGAGUAUAUUACGAAGGAGAACUUCAUGCAGUGGAUCAGAUUCCGUGACGGAGAUCAGGAGCCGGAGGAGCAGAGAGCCCAUCAAACAGAGUUGUUGUCUCAGCAGCUUGAGAGACAGGGCUGGGAACUUUCCAUGUCCCUUCUAGGAUGGGUUGAUAUGCAUGAUCAUCUAGAUGAGGGAUUGAAAAGGCAGUCGCGAUGUGCGGAACGCCACGAUACAACUUCUUCGACGCGGCUUGGACUUCUGACUUCGUUUAUCUUCGCAUUCUUCACUAUCCAUCAUCAUCCUUCAGCACAAGAUUUCUAUCUCGAUAUGAGUGAUAGUAUCAGCCGCCCUAUCGUCUUCGGAAACGCAGAUGCCGUACCCUGCUCUGGUUGCAAGACUGUAUGGCCUUUGAUAGGAUACGGCCUCCACAACUUCUUCUGCAAGGCAAUGAGCAAAGCCGGAAAGCGGCCUACGAAGUCUCAUCACCUUGUGCUUUACUUCCCUCCCGGCCAAGGUCAGCUCCGAUUCAUCUGGGUCAAUGAUUCCGAUUCGACUUUGGUGGUGGCAUCACGACUGUCCCGUUGUCAGUGCAUUUUUGCUUCGCACUCUGACAGAACACUCCCGUCGAUCUACGGAGAGGACGAUACAGCGAUUGGCGUGUUCUGGUACGAGGAACCCGAUCAAGUGGUUGAUCCCACUCAGGCAAUCUAUUACAACAACGGAUCCAUAUUCAGCCUUCAUCACUCGAAAGGUCCCAUGAUAGUGUUCGCGCAAGAUAUCCAGGACGGUGUAGUGAACGUGGUUGACUUCGACAUGCAACGAGUAAUCGUCCAUCUGGAGUUCUUGAAGCCCUACCUGAAACGCGAAAGGACCAUUGAAAGCGAAGGCCUCAACUGGGCAGACAUGGUAGAUGGAGUCGUGUUAUUAUGUCAGGGCGAACAUAAGCACGCAGGCACACCGUUCGUGUCGGUAAAAAUUCACAAAAACCAUGCUGUCCACAGAAAAGGGAUUGCAUCACCCCUGAUGAGCUGCUCGAGGAUGAAAUUUCGCUGCAUGAAGAUACCAACACCGGCCAUGGAUGACGAAUACAUGCUCAACAUCCCUGCGGCCAUGUUGAACUUAACUCGCGACCUGGAAGCACCGGAUAUGGUAGACCCACAAUGGACUGGGAAAGUCGGUAACGUCAUUCUCGCAUUACCAAAACUGGACGUCUCGGCGAUGAUGUCUAUAUACAUCUACAGUGUGAUAGACUUGGCACAAAGCUACAUGUUCAAUUACAAGAUCCUCGAGCCUUUCGAGCUAUCCGAGUUCAGCAGCAUCGAGCAAGCCCGCUUGAGCCAGAUACCGAAAAGGAAAAGGGUCGCGCGAGAAAAGAUGCUCGAGCGUAUAUCAAUCAAGAACUUCGAGAAGUGUCAUGCGAGAUAUGCAAAUAUGGACUCGAGCGAGAAAGGCGGAGUUCUACGUCAGAUCAGCUCCGGAGAGGUGUUCAAGCAUAUGCAGCACAGGGGGGAGGAUAUAAAUGGACCUACCAACCCAGCCUUGCUUGGUAUCGGUUGGCCUUUUGAGACUUGA